AUGUCAAGAGUUCAAGCCAAUGUCAACCAAUUGAGAAGAGAUGGAGAACAAAUUAGUGACACCCGUAUAGUUGAGAAGAUUCUUCAUUCAUUAUAUUCAAAGUUUGAGUAUAUUGUUGUUGCUAUUGAAGAGUCUAAGGACCUGGACACUAUGACGGUUGAUCAACUUUCUGGAUCAUUGAAAGCUCAUGAUGAAAGAUUAAAGAAGAAAACUCAAGAACCAGUUGUGGAGAAAGUCUUACAAACGAAGCUCACUUGA